UAAGGRAGGAGGGAGGAUACUUCUGGUUGGAGAAGCAACAGAUCCUUAAUGUUCCCUGAAAAACAACCUCACAUCACAUCUCAUUCGCCUCGAGGAAGACAUCAUCGCAAAUUGAUGGAAUAUUCCAAUGCACGCAAUGCACGCAUGUAGACAUUUGGAUCAUUAUUGCGGUCAACUUCCAUGUUUAGGAAAUGUGUUAGAUUUUUUUGUGGGGGUCUGGCGGAUUUUGUGAAUUUUCGGAUAAGGCAUAAAUCGCAACAAUAGGUGAGGACCUUGGGUUAUUGCUCCCAAAAAUGUAAUCUAGAAAUAGACUUUCUUUAAAUUGGCACAUUUUGUAGAUUUGAUGUAGAAUAUAACACUCACAAUAUUUCAUAGCCUAAUCUGAAACUAUCGCUGAAGGUCGCCAAGUAACUGUUGAAUCUUUCAAGCCUAUUUUCGGCUACAACUUCUGCUUAUUUAUAGACUAUUCAACAMAUAUUUUGACCACAAAAGCCUGCCUAGUCUAGAUUUAUAGAGAUGUUUUGAGAUUGCAACCUAUAGAUACGAGUGGUUCGGGGAGUUGUAUUGUAGCUUUUAUAACAGGUGGUUUUAGUCAAGGCCACUCUCUCUGCCUGCCUGCCGCUCGCAUUGGACUUGUUGAAAGCAACAACUGUCCCCGGUACAGUUGGAUACAUGAGUAGUAUUAUAACAAGGACUGACAUGAGGAAAAACUCAACUGUCACUGUGUGAUUCACCGAGAUAUAAUAACGGAAUAACAAACUAACGGAAUAACCAACCGUCUCUCCAUCUAAAUCUAUGAUCAACUCGGUGUGUGUUUCGUCUUACCGAGGACGCAAGUCAGGCAACAAACCUCCGUCCAAGACAUGCCUGAAGGAAGAGAUGACCAGGGGGGAAGACUCGGAAAAAAUAAUCAUCAAUGUUGGUGGUACAAGACACGAAACCUACAAGAGCACAAUUAGGACCCUACCGGGGACGCGCCUGGCAUUGUUAGCCGACCCGCCAGAGCCGGUGAACAACCCAGACACGGACUCCCUCCCACCGACUCCCUCCCAACCCAGACCCAUUUCUCCAUAUCCAACUACAAACGAGUUAUUUUUCGACAGGCACCCUGGCAUAUUCGCUUAUGUGUUAAACUAUUAUAGGACUGGCAAGCUUCAUUGCCCCGCCGAUGUCUGCGGGCCUCUUUUUGAAGAGGAGUUAGCGUUUUGGAUGAUAGAUGAGACCGACGUGGAGCCGUGUUGCUGGAUGACAUACCGGCAGCAUCGGGACGCAGAGGAGGCACUGGACAUAUUCGAACCACCGGACCCAGAUGACACGGACGAUGAACUACCCAGACGGUUCGGCAUUGAGGACUGCCCGGACAGAUCGAGGGGAUGCUGCGAAGUUUGGCAACCAAAAAUAUGGGCACUCUUUGAGGACCCCUACUCAUCCAGGGCUGCUAGAGGCAUAGCGUUUGCCUCACUGUUCUUUAUCCUGGUUUCCAUCACUACGUUCUGUCUGGAGACCCACGAGUACUUCAACGACCUGCAGAACCGCACGGAACGCGUGGUGGUGGGGAACCACACCGAGGUGGUGAUCUUGGUGGAGGUGGUGACCAAGCCCAUUCUGACCGUGGUGGARGGYGUUUGUGUGGUCUGGUUCACCUUUGAGUUCUUCGUCCGCAUCGUUUGCUGCCCCGACAAGCUGCUCUUCAUCAAGAACAUGUUAAACGUCAUUGACUUCGUGGCCAUCCUGCCCUUCUACCUGGAGAUGGGCCUCAGCGGCCUGUCCUCCUCUAAAGCGGCCUCCGACAUCCUGGGGUUUCUGCGGGUCGUCCGUUUCGUCCGGAUCCUCCGGAUCUUCAAGCUGACCAGGCAUUUCGUCGGUCUGAGGGUUCUCGGCCACACGUUGAGAGCCAGCGUCAACGAGUUCUGCCUGCUUAUCGUCUUCCUGGCGUUGGGCGUCCUCAUCUUCGCCACGAUGAUCUACUACGCAGAGCGGAUAGGGGCCCAACCGGAYGACCCUCGCGGCUCCAACCACACCCACUUCAAAAACAUCCCCAUCUCCUUCUGGUGGGCCGUGGUCACCAUGACCACCCUGGGCUACGGGGACAUGUACCCCAAGACGUGGCUGGGCAUGAUAGUGGGCGCGCUGUGCGCCCUGGCGGGGGUGCUGACCAUCGCCAUGCCCGUGCCUGUUAUAGUCAAUAACUUUGGGAUGUACUACUCCUUGGCCAUGGCUAAGCAGAAGCUGCCUAAGAAGAAGAAGGCGCACAAUCCGAACCCGGACGCUCCCACGGACACGGCCUCGUUCGGGAAGUCUGUCGCUACCUCUCCCAGGGACAGUACUCAGAGUGAUACGUGUCCGCUGGCUGCAGAGGAUCAUAUCAACAGGAACCGCUCAGACUCCAAGCAGAAUGGAGACGCAAACCUGGCUCUGUCGUCGGAUGAGGGGUGCAGCCUGACCCAGCCGCUGUCACCCAGCGAGAAGCGGAACCUGCGGCACGCCCACGGCGGCGCUCGAGAACGCUCCCGGUCGGUCCGGGGGAACAAGACAAGCAAGAAAGAGGCAACCUGCUUCCUGCUCACUUCCGGAGACUUCUCCUGCUCUGGAGGAGAACACACCAUAGUCACUGAGAGCUGUACAGACAUCCUGGCAGCUACAGGGAUCUACGCCCAUCCAGAAAUCACCACUCUGACCUGAAGAAGCCCAUUUGGAUUGAGAAAGAACAAGUGGUCGUGAACCAGGGUGCAUGGGGCGGAGCUUCAGAUUUAGGSCCCUCCCUCCUUCUCUAACUAACGUGAAGGUUCCCGGGAAGGUUCCAGAAGAAGAACCCCUUGUCUUUCUGUCGAGUACAAAGUAACCAAACUCCGCGGGUAGAAUACUUCUAUCUGAUGCUUUAGAAGAUAUAGUUAUGUAUGUACACACAUCUGUCUGUUUCCAAGCAUUUAGCAUGUAUUKUAUUGCAUGAUCUAGCUCUAUAUAAUGUACCUUGAGGAAAUUAACAUCAGUGAGCUUAAUGUUAAGGGACACAUCUAAAGUUGAUUAGGGUUUUGAAUAUCUCCUCUGAUGUUAAUCGUCUUGAGUUUCAAUCAAACAUCAAUAUUUCCAAAUGGUGUUUUCAAGAAAUUGCUACUAUGGCAUUUGUUGAUUCUGUUUUAAAAGUGUACAAUAGACUACAUGAUCAGUUCAUAGUCCUCGUGAAGAAUCCUGAGACCAGAAACCAUAUGAUGUUUCAGAA